UAUGCAUCCAAAGGAGAGGACAGGUUAUUUCGCAGAUUAUUCCGGAGGUACAACCAGUUCAUCCGACCGGUGGAGAAUGUAUCCGACCCAGUCACAGUGGAGUUCGAGGUCUCCAUAUCCCAGCUGGUUAAAGUGGAUGAGGUGAAUCAGAUCAUGGAGACCAAUCUCUGGCUGAGACACAUCUGGAAUGAUUACAAGCUGAGAUGGGCCCCUGUGGAGUACGAUGGCAUCGAGUUCAUUCGAGUCCCCUCCAACAAGAUUUGGAGGCCAGACAUUGUGUUGUACAACAAUGCUGUGGGGGACUUCCUGGUAGAGGACAAGACCAAGGCGCUGCUGAAGUUUGAUGGCACCAUCACCUGGGUUCCACCUGCCAUCUUUAAGUCCUCCUGCCCCAUGGACAUCACCUAUUUCCCCUUCGACUACCAGAACUGCUCCAUGAAGUUUGGAUCCUGGACCUAUGACAAGGCCAAGAUUGACCUGGUGCUCAUCGGCACAAAGGUUAACCUAAAAGACUUCUGGGAGAGCGGAGAGUGGGAGAUCAUCGACGCGCCCGGCUACAAACACGACAUCAAGUACAACUGCUGCGAGGAGAUCUACCCAGACAUCACCUACUCCUUCUACAUCCGCCGGCUCCCCCUCUUCUACACCAUCAACCUCAUCAUCCCCUGCCUCCUCAUCUCCUUCCUUACCGUGCUGGUCUUCUACCUUCCAUCUGACUGUGGUGAGAAGGUCACCCUCUGCAUUUCCGUCCUGCUCUCCCUCACUGUGUUCCUGCUGGUCAUCACCGAGACCAUCCCCUCCACCUCACUGGUCAUCCCGCUCAUCGGCGAGUACCUCCUCUUUACCAUGAUCUUCGUCACGCUCAGCAUCGUCAUCACCGUCUUUGUACUGAACGUCCACUACCGCACGCCCAUGACGCACACCAUGCCAGACUGGGUGAGAGCCGUGUUUCUGGGGCUGCUGCCCAGAGUGAUGCUGAUGAGGCGACCAAUUGACCAGGGCUGCUCCUCCUCUGGUAGUGCUGGUGGAGGGAAAGGAGGAGGAGGUGGAGGAGGGCGCAGCAUAGGGAGCAAGAAGAGGAAGAACAGCCUUGGAAGCGAAAUAGGAGGGGGAGGAGGAGUAGGGGUUGGUGUCGGGGGUAUUACUGGGGGAGUAACGUGUUCCCAGCUGGACGGUGGGUCCGGUGUUGGUGGAGGAGGAGGGGGUGCCACCUCAGCUGGGGGCUCCAUGAACUGUGUGGAGUAUGGGGAGGUGAACAGGGACCUGACCCAUGAUAUGAACCGCGACAUCAACAAGAGGUGCUCCUACAGAGGCAAGGAGGUGCCGACCCCUGUCCCACCCCCCAUGGUGCCCCCUCCUCCACAGGCUCCUCAGACCCAGGGGCUCCAGGAGUCGGAGCUGCCGAAGUUGCAGAGGGCCCUGAAUACCUCACCGCAGGUCAACGCCGUGGUGGCCUUCUCCGUGGUGUCACCAGAGAUCAAGCAGGCCAUCGAGAGCGUCAAAUACAUCGCUGAGAACAUGAAGACUCGCAACAAAGCAAAAGAGGUGGAGGAUGACUGGAAGUACGUGGCCAUGGUGAUUGACAGGAUCUUCCUGUGGGUCUUUGUCACAGUGUGUGUGCUGGGAACUGUGGGACUCUUCCUCCAGCCGCUCAUCGGCUUUUUAAAAUGA